AUGGGCAAGAACGUCGAGUUUCGACACGAUUUUGUGCCAGCCAGUGUGCGCUACAGUAAUCAUCAUCAGACCGACGAGUCACUGUGCGAGCGCAACACCGAAUCGCAGAGCAGCAUGGGCUCGGCGAGUCGCCGAGCCGCCUCGUCGAAAUCCGAGAUCCUCAAAUGCGUGUUCCUGUUCGUCUUCCUUUUCAUUGCCGGCGUCUCGAAUUGGGCGGUGAUCGCGUACACGCAUGAUUUUGUGCCGAGGCAACCGCUGCCCGACGUCGUAUUCAGUUUGGUCGCCGAACAGGAAUGGGCAUCGAUUGUCGGCGACAUUUGCGUCGCCGUUUGUCUCGCGUUGCUCGCCGGCUGCCUUCUCAUUCACGCGCAUCGCUUCAUCAUCCUGCGGCGGGUUGUGUUCAUCGCCGCGUGCCUCUAUUCAAUGAGGUCCGUCACAUUGGCCAUCACCCAAUUGCCAUCAGGCUAUCGUGACAACGAGGAGCGUUGCCGCGAGAAGGUCUCAUCGAAAUUCGGCGUAUUCAUCGAGCGGCUCGUCGAGCAGACGAUCCGCGUCGGUUUCCAGGGCAAACGCGCGAUGCUGUGCGGCGAUCUGCUGUUCAGCGGCCACACGCUCGUCAUGGUGACGUGCUCAUUGUCGAUCGCCUACUAUCUGCCGCGCUCGAUCAAACGCCUACAGUACGUGGCGCAUUUGGCGUGUCUCGUCGGAAUGGCGUGCAUGGUGAUCUCGCGAACGCAUUAUUCCAUCGAUGUCGUCAUCGCGUAUUGGUUGUCGAAUUUUGUGUUUCGCGUUUAUCACGCCUACUGCGAAGUCGACAUGUGCAUGGAGCGACGCAAAAGUAUUCUCUACUCCUGGUGGCCGUGCAAAAUUAUUGAUUGGCUCGAGGAGAGCAUUAUUCCAGGAAGAAUAGAGAACCGAAUGGAAUUGCCGUGGAAUAAUUCGAAGCGGCUGGAACAGAACGCGGUCGACGCCGGCGAGCACCACAAACAGAGCUCAUCAUCGACAUAUCCCCUGCCAUAA